AUGAAAUAUCAGGAUAAUAGAAGGUAUCGUGAAAAUAAUUCAAAAUAUAUAGGAGAACGUUAUAAUUCAGAGUAUGAUGACACCUAUCAUAUGAAAAGGCUUGAUAAUGGUAGAUAUAUAUCUAGAGAUAAUGGAGAAUUUUCAAUAAAAUAUAAUAGUGAUUUAACAUAUAGUCGUGGGGGAUGUUAUACUUUAGCUAAAUAUGCAAUGUUUACAGUAAAUAUUAUUUUUGGAAUUGUUGGUUUUGCUUGUCUUGCACUUGGAGCCUGGCUACGGACAGAUAGUCGUUUUAGAGAAUUUUUAAGUGAACGAUAUCGUCAAGCUGUUGCUGAAGCAUUUUGGCAAGCACCAACAUUAUAUGCUUUUUCAUAUAUUCUUAUCGUUUUUGGGGCUGUAAGUAUAGUGACGUCAAUGAUUGGAUGUUGCGGUACUACUGGACGGUCAAAUCUUUUUUUAAUUACUUAUUCUAUUGUAAUAUUCAUUCUUCUUAUCUUUACAAUAUCAUGUAGUUUUUAUAUAAUUUAUAAAAAAGAUGGUAUUGACGUCGAAUUGUCUGAUGCAUUAAAUUAUAUGGUACAACAUUAUUAUCAAGGACCUGGAAUUGUACAAGAAAGUUUAGACAGAUUACAAACAACAUUUAGAUGUUGUGGUAAUGCUGGUUGUGGUGAUUUUUUAGCUUUACGUUUAGAUUAUCCUAGAAGUUGUGAUAUAAGAUGUGAUGGUUGUCACCAUAGAAUUUGGAUUGCUUUAAGUAUUGGUGCUAGUGUAGCUAUAGUUUUAUUUGGUGCUGUUAUAAUCUCACAGUUUCUAGCAAUAUUUAUUUCUUUAUCACUUGUUUUUUCUGAUAGAGAUGAGGAUAAUUAUGAAAAUAAAAGAGAAAGAUAUGAUCCAGCAUAUAGAAAUGAAGGAUUUAUUAAUUCACCUCAUCAACAAUCUUAUAAUUCAAAUCAAAGGAAUAUUCCCAAAAAUGAAUAUAAUCCAGGAAAAAGAGUAUAUAGUUCUCGAUUUUUUACAGGAUAA